AAUUGAACUUCCGAGGCGAGGCGAGAACACAAGGGUUUUCAAAUGGAUAGAUCUACUUGUUAAGGCCAACUAAAUUUCGUCAAGGUCGCUGAGAUGUAAAUAAGGUUAGGGCAUGUGAUUUUUAGCGAGGUCCAGGGUUAGGGUUGGCGUUGGGAUUAGCGCUAGCCCUGUUUAUAUCUUAUGACCUUUGACCAAAUUUGAAGUUGGCCUUAUCAAAUAAAUCUAACUGGUUUUCAAUGGCGAGAAAGCCAUAAGUCGAGACUGAAUCAGUAGGUCCACAGCCACGGCCUCAUGACAGUACAUCAAUUAAUAUGCAAGAUGAAAGACGUCCAUCCCAUUGUGAUCACAGUCUGGUUGUUAGUGGGGACCAAGAGAUUUCGGAAAGCAGCCAGUUAGCAAAUGAAAAUCCAGACGCACAAGAACAAGAUGUGGGGACUAUUCAUUCAAAAGAUGAUUUUCGCGAUGAUAAAAAUGUAUCCUCAUUACCGUCAACUGAAUCAGUUGGUCCACAGCCUCAAACUCAUGACAAUACAUCAAUUAAUAUGCAAGAUGAAAGACGUACACCCCAUUGUUGUCACAGUCUGGUAGUUAGUGGGGCCCAAGAGAUUUCGGAAAGCAGCCAGUUACCAAAUGAAAAUCCAGACGCACAAGACCAAGAUGUGGGGACUAUUCAUUCAAAAGAUGAUUUUCGGGAUGAUAAAAAUGUAUCCUCAUUACCGUCAACUGAAUCAGUAGGUCCACAGCCACAAACUCAUGACAAUACAUCAAUUAAUAUGCAAGAUGAAAGACGUACACCCCAUUGUCAUCACAGUCUGGUAGUUAGCGGUAACCAAGAGAUGUCGGAAAGCAGCCAGUUAGCAAAUGAAAAUCCAGACGCACAAGAACAAGAUAUUGAGACUGUUGGUUCAAGAGAUAUUAUUCUGGAUAAUGGGGAAUUAAAUGUUCAAUAUCGCGAAGAAGAAAUUCAAGAAUUAAGGGAAAAUAUAAUGUAUGGAUCUAAACCAACAAGUGUUUUCUCAAUAUUGUGCUUUGUUACAGUCUUGGUGACAGUUUAUAUCCUAUAUAAAUCAGUGGUUAAAUACAUAGCCGAGAAGGAAGAUUCUGGUGUUCGUGUAAAACCCUUUAAUGGUUCUGAUGUUCGGGUAGAAGACUUUACUGUGGCUGAGAAAGAGGUUUUGCAUCACCAUGGUUCUGGUGUUCCUGUAACACCCUUUAUCAGAGAUGGUUCUGAUGUUCCGGUAGAAGACUUUACUGGUUCUGAUGUUCGGGAAGAAGACUUUACUGGAGAUGGUUUUGAUGUUCGCGGCAAUGGUUUUGAUAUAUGUGUAAAACCCGUUACUGGUAAUGAACCUGUCAGAUUGGUAAUUAUUGGCAAGACAGGAAGCGGAAAGAGUUCUCUAGCGAAUAUACUGUUAGGAAAGAAGGGUCGUUUUAAAUGUGGUGCAUUCGGAAGUUCAGUCACUACAACAACCGAGGCAGAUGAAGGCUAUUGUAAAGACAGUGCAGUAAAAGUAGUGGACACUCCUGGAUUUUUUGAUACAGAUGUUAACGAAGACGACAACAACAGAGAAAUAAUACGAUGUCUAAUGCUGUCAGAACCUGGACCCCACGCCUUCAUCUAUGUUAUCAGCAUCGCAUCAAGAUUUACCCAGGAAGAUGCCGAAACUUUCGAAAGAGUAAAAGUUAUUCUUGGCGAUUCAGUCACGAAUUACAUGGUGAUUGUGUUUACCAAUAAAGAUCGUCUGGACGAGGAGGGAAUCACAAAAGAGGAUUAUAUAAAGAAAGCCCCUUCAGGUUUAAAAAGGAUUUUAAAAGAGAUUAGGAAAAAGCCUAUCUUUAUAAAUAGCAAGUCGGUCAAUAUAGAAAGUGAAUUAGACUCUCUGUCGACAUUUAUAAAGGGUGUGAAUAUAGACAGCUAUUAUACAGACGUGAAAUAUCGCAGUGGAAUCGAAAUCUUGAAAAGAUUACCUGAGGUUGAGAGAAAGUACAAAAUGGCUUAUACACAAUGGAUAAACAAACGGGUAGAUAUUGUUAACCACUUCUCUGAAAUGGAGUCUUAUCUGAAUGCUAUGGUAAAGAACGUCCGUAUCAGCAAAAUAGCUGGGUGCCUUGGCGGAAUGGUCGGAUCUACCAUGAUGGUUGCAGGACUUCUAUGUGCUCAAUUCACAUUUAGUACCUCCGCUUUAUUGACAGUUGCUGGAACUGGUAUUGGUAUAGCCAGUGGUGUCGCUGGCGGUGGAGCCGCGUUAGCAGACGCAGUCAUCACUGCACAGCACACGAAAGAAGCAGAUACUCUAUUCAAGAGCGAUAGGGAACUUUGGGAAAAAUUCGAUGAUGCAGAAAUAAUUUUCUACCAAAUAUUAUCAGAAUUAUUUAAUAUAAUUGAGAUUAGGGGUGUUAUUCAGAAUGUCCUUAAACAAUCUAUUAUUCGCUCCAACAAUAAAACGUUUGAGGAAGAGGUAAAGAAGGGUCUUGGUGAAGCACGGAAUUAUUUGCUACAAUUCCUAAAUGUUGAAAGUAAGUAUCUUGUGCCAGCUGAAAUAGAUACCGGACAUGCUGAUGAUGUUAGCCUUGGUAUAGCAAACGCCUUCCCGAUUAACGAAGACCAAUUACAUGAGCUUAAAGAAAUCGUGAAACAGGAUAUGGAAGAUUAUUACAAAGAUCGGGAUAUUCUCUAUAUCUUUGUUGAUGAAAUUGCAAAAUUCAGAGAUCCCAGACUGAAAAAUUGAUUGUUAACCCAUUAGUACCCCGGAUUUAAUUUAUAUAAAAUAAUAUUACUUUUAUGUGCUCAAUUCACGUUUAGGACCCCCACUUUAUUGACAGUUGCUGGAAAUGGUAUUGGUAUAGCCAGGUGUGUCGCUGGCGGUGGAGCCAUGUUAGCUAUCCCAUUAGUACCCCGGACUUAAUUUAGAUAAAAUAAUAUUACAAUAAUACUAGAUUAGCGGGAUAAACAAAAUGUGUAUCAAUUAUUGACUGCAUUCAAGCUAACUUUUCGAAUACAUAUUUGUUUUUGAUUUGUUUUGAAAACAUAUGGUCCAUGUUCGUUGUUUUGAGUCGACCGAAGUAAAUUUUCUGUUUUAA